AAAGCGAGCGAGAAAGAUGGCGCAGGUGUGGGCGGUGUCCCUGGCCGUGGCGUCGCUCGCCAUCGGCAUGCUCGGGGUGCUCGGCGUCUGGCUCUGCUACCUCUUCGACGCCGUCGCGCGGGGCCGCCCGCCCCGGACCCCGCCUCCCACGCCUCAGGCGGCGUCCGAGGAGGAAGAGGAGGAGUACGGCGGCAAGAACGGGCUCUCGGAGGCGGAGCUCAUGCGUCUCGGCGGGGUCGCCGUGCUGGAGUCCACGGACGGCGGGGAGGGGAAGGAGGAGGACGACGAGGGGGAGGCGCUCUGCCCGAUCUGCCUCGACGCCAUGGAGCCCGGCCGCGCCGUGCGCGUGCUACCCGGCUGCAACCGCGUCUUCCACCAGGACUGCGUGGACCGGUGGCUCGCCAUCUCGCCGCGCUGCCCCGUCUGCAACGUCUGGGCUGCGCCGCCGCGGUCGCCCGCGUCCUCGCCGCCGGCGCCCAAGACCGGCUGGGAUCCUUGAGGUGGGGGCGGCGCGUCUUCUUCGGCGCCUGGCGGGUCAGUUCUUGGUUCUUGACGAGUUCUUGGUUGGGUUCUGAUCAUCGACCAAGAAGCCUUCUUGAUGAAAUCUCGUCGGUUUCGUACUUCUGGUGAGCGAUUCUUGACAAAUUCUUGGGGGGCUACUUGAUUUUGUGAAGGAUUCUGACGGGAUUGCAUGUACAUCGACUCAAUCCUCGAAUUCUUGCUCGAAAUCAGUAGGUUUUGAGGGUUUAAGUUCUUGUUCUUGUAACAGAUCAUCACAUUUAGACAGAGUUAGUCUUCCCGAUGAACGAGCUGAACAAUUGAUCAUCCCAAUGUAUCAUUUUCGUUGUGGGAUUGCAUAUUCUGUCCUUUUUAUCUGUCAUUGGCAGAAGGAAUGCCUGUAACUGUGAAUUACUGCAACUUUUGAUGUGGUCACGAAAAACAGAGAUGGCUUUCAAAGAUUAAGCAUC